ACUCGAACAAAGAUAAAUAUAUUUAAUUUAAACCAUGCAACGUUGCCACAUAUGGUUAGUUAUUUAUUGUAAUUUUUGUGGGAAAAUUAGGUUGGUGUCAAUGUUUAAUGUUAAAUAUGAAGUUAAUUAACCUAAAUGUUUGAGAUAAGGAAGAAUUAAUUAAUUUAUUAUUAAUAUAUUAUAAUUUAGAACUUAAUUUACUUUAUUGUCAGAUCAAAAUGAGUCAGGAUUUGGAUACCCUAAAGAUAUUUAAUAGUACUUUAAAAGAAUAUCUUCAAAAUUUUCUAACAUUAGGUAAAGACAUUGUUAAAAAAGGUGACCACUUUAAUGAACUUAUUGAGGAAUACCCAGAGAGCACAGACGCUGUGGCAACAAAAAUUUACGAAAGCUUAGUCAAAGUAAAAAAAAAUAUAAAUAGAUUAUUGGAAACAAUUGAACAUGAAAAUGAUCAAUUUGCCAAUAAACAUGGUAUUACAUUAGAAAAAUUUACCAAUGCUAUUAAAGUAGGAACCGCAGAGGAUGAAGCCAGUAAAGAAGAAAGAAUUGCCAAGAAAAAUAAUAAUAUGAUACCAGAACCAGAACCAGAAAGUAUAAAAAAGGAAAUAAAACCAGAAGGUUCAGAUAAAAGUGAUGAAGCUUCCACGUCAUCUAAAACAAAUGGGGUACCAAAUGACAUUAACAUAGAGAAUCGAAACCCUGCUGACUUACUUAAAUUGACUGAUACUGUAGCAGGCGAACUGGAACCUACAGCAACAAUAUUUAAUGCAACAGAUUCAAGGGAUAUUAAAUUAGAGAGUGAUAGUCCGGCAGACUCACAGAAUUUGAAUAAAUCUGAAGAAGAAGGAAUUAAAAAAGCAACACAAUCAAAUGAUGUUGACCAAACAAAUUCAAAUGAUAUUAAAUUAGAGAUUGAAAGUCCGGCAGACCAAAAUUUGACUGAAACGGAAGCAGAAAGAAUUAAAAAAUCUACAGAUAUCCAAUCCAAUGAAGAAGAACCCAAGGUUAUAUCAGAGGAUGAAAAUUUAGAAAACCCAACUAAAUCCGUGGAAGAAAAUUGUGAUAAAGAAAAAGACACUGGACAAGAAAGUCAAAAUAUAAAUACUGCCAAUAAGGAAAAUUUAAAUACAGAAAAUUUAAAUGUGGAAGCUGGUUCAGAUGGAGAAGAUUUUUGCUUUGUUCCUCCUCUGGAAAAAUCUUCUAUCUCUGAUGUUAUUGAUGAUAUUUUUAACGAAUCCGAUGUUGGAGUACAAAACUCACAAAAUUCUGAGUGCAGCAACUCAUCAUUAGUUUUUGAUGUGUCUAAUUGCAUGAUAGUUCCAAACUCGCAACAUUCCGAUUCUAGCAAUUCAUCAUUAGUUUUUGACGUGUCUAAUUGCAUAAUAGGUGGUAGUUUUGAUUCAUUGAAAGACAUUUCAGAUGAUGAUACCAUCGUUGCAUUUUUAAGAGCACUGGAAUCUAAAAACAAAACAGAUGAAUCAGUUCACAGUAGUCAAGAAACCUACAUUGUACCUGACAAUGACGAGGAUAACAAUAUAGACCUUUCGCACGACACAUUGGACCUACUGAACACGAGGGUUUCUGAUGGCGAGUGUGCUGACCUUCUGAAAGUUCUCAAAGUGGAAAAGCAAAGGCCCAUAGAAUUGUCGCCUAAAAAAUCAAAAGUUACCGCCAAAAUGGCCUACAAAUGUUACCAAGAACUGAUGGAGGAUGAUAGCGACAUAAGCAGCACCAGUUCGGAUUAUAACACUUCCGAUAUAAAUACAGAUAUAGACGAUAUUUCGGACUGCGAAUCGAAAAAAUUGGGGACUCAAGAGGAAAGUUUAUCGCAAAAUUAUAAGGAAACUGACGAAAAUGAGCUGGAACCAAGGCGCAUUGAAACACCUGCUGACAAUAUAGAAGCUGACAAUAUAGAAGCUGACAAUAUAGAAGCUGAACCACCAGAUGAGGAUAGCCCCAAAGACAACGAAAUUUUGAAUUAUAUCGGUUUAAUUAGAAAAAGCGAUUUGGUAGUCGAAAAACAAGAUCCCUUUAAAAGAGAUACGAGACAUUCCAGAGCUAUGCAUCUGUACAAAAAACAGUACCGGCUUAAGGAUCUGUGCGUUAAGAUCGCAGAAUGUGCAGAGAUUCGCAAAAAAAUUAAGGAAAUACAGGAAAAAUGUCCAAACAGGAGAGAUGAAGUUGAUAGAUUAUGUGACUUAAGCACGUUGGGCAAGCGCCCUGCAAAGGGACCCCUGCGACGCAAGAACCUAAAAAAGACAAAAACGAAAAAAUCAAAUUCCUCGUCGGAUUCGGACGGAAGUGGUAGCAGCAGCAGCAGCAGCAGCACUAAUCUGUCCAGUUUCGACGAUGACUCGGAGUCGAAGGAGUCGAAAACAUCGAGCGUGAGCUUUAGUCCGCCCAGAGAAAGAACCCCUACGAGUCGGGAAAUGGAAGCCCAGGCGGCGCUGAAUGACCUCAUGAACUCCGAUUCGGAUGCGACUAGUGACGAUUCGGAAAUGUCCACGGUUAAAAAGAAACCUGCAAAGAAAGACGGCAAAGAUGAGGCAGAAGCGCACUGUAGCUCCGCCAAAAAGAAACUUACGUUUGAAGAAGAGGAACACAGGAAGUGGAGGAAGGAUCCUCUUCUUAGAGGGAAGUUGUCAGAUUCUAGCGAUAGUAGCACGGAUGACGAUUACAAAGAAAAUAACAAAAAGAUUAGGACGCCUAAGCAAAAAUCUUUCAAAGCGUAUGAGCACGAUUCAGAUUUCCAAGCGUCUACUUCCACCACCACAAAUUCUGACAUUGAGAGGCCUUCUACUCCUAAAAAACCAUUUAGUGUUUUAAACAUGGAUAGUAACUCCGAACUAUCUGAGAACGAUUUUGAUUAUAUGAUAUCGCCCAAAAAAGAACAGUCAAUUGUGGUCGAAGAUGAUUGUGAGUCGCCUAAAAAAGGACGUAGAAAUAUAAGAGCUCUCGUUUCUGAUGACGAUCUUACUGAGGCGACGCAAAUAGCGAAGAAAAAUGAAGAGGAGCGCAUAAAAAGAUUAAAUUUUAACACCCAAAAGCUGGAAAAGCUAUCGCAAACUCAGGGGCUAUCCGAAUCUGAGGACAAGGCUCUCGUAUUGGAUGUAGACGAUGACGGCACACCAAUCAUCGAAGUGCGCCGCGAAAUAACCAAAAGACUGAAAGAUCAUCAGGUAGAAGGCGUGCAAUUCAUGUGGAACUCGUGUUACGAAAGCGUGGAUCAUUUAAAAGACAACGAGGGUACCGGAUGCAUUUUGGCGCACUGCAUGGGUCUGGGAAAAACGUUUCAAGUUAUUACUUUAAUACACACACUGUUUAGUUAUCCAAUCACCAACACGAAAUAUGUGUUGGUGGUUUGCCCUCUAUCUACCGUCCAAAAUUGGAAGAAUGAAUUUGUUUUCGCCCUAAAAGAUGUUGGGAAAGUUCCUUUUGAUAUAAAAAUAAUUGCUGACAAAAAAGACAAUAGCCACAAAUACGACAUAGUCAGAAGAUGGAAGAAAAAUAAGGGCGUCCUCAUACUUGGCUACGAUUGUUUUGAAAACAUGACGAGCGAUAAAAAGCUCGCGAAGUUACACGAACACGAAAAAAACAUCAUUAUUGACGCGUUGGUGAAUCCAGGCCCGGACCUAGUUAUUUGUGACGAAGGGCAUCUUCUUAGGAGUAAAAACGCCCUGAGGACCAAAGCCUUAAUGAAGGUUGCUACGAGAAGGAGAAUUGUUUUGACUGGUACGCCUUUGCAAAAUAAUCUUGAAGAAUAUUAUUAUAUGGUUGAAUUUGUAAAGCCCAGUUUACUGGGAACAAUAAAAGAAUUUAGAACGAAUUUCAUAAAUCCCAUUUACAAUGGGCAAUUUGAUGAUUCCACAUUAUAUGAUAUUAGACUGAUGAAAAAAAGAACCCAUGUUCUUUCUCAACUUUUAAAAGAAACCAUAAAUAGAAAAGAAACAAGCGAAUUAGAGCAAUACUUACCGCAACGAAGAGAUUAUUCAUUGUAUAUAAAAAUACACGAAUUGCAGGCAAAAUUAUACAAGUCGUAUUUAGAAAAUGCGAAAACUGUUGUGAAAAAGAAUAACAAAAAUGGUAAUUUCUUUAAAGAUUAUAAAGUUCUUAGCUACGUGUCGUCGCAUCCGCACAUUCUAAAAAUUGUAGAACAAAAGAAAGAGUCGCACAAAAAGGUAAAGGAAAUGGAUGUUAUUAUUGAACAAGAUGAACAAGAAAACAUAGAUUUAAUAAACAACAGAGAAUGGCUUCAAAGUAUACCGCCGGAAGUGACUGAACAAUGCGAACUGGGAACCAAAAUGGUCGUACUAAAAUCCAUUAUUGAAGAAGCGGAAAUUUUGGGAGACAAAGUUUUGGUGUUUUCCAUAAAUCUUAGCGAGAUGGAUUGCGUCGAGCAUUUCUUGAAAAAAUAUGGGACAGCUCAUUGUCCAUCAUGGUCUAAAAAUCAAGACUAUUUCAGGAUGGACGGGACAGUACCGCCAGAAGAAAGGGCUUCAAUGUGUUCUGCUUUUAAUAACCCAAAAAACAAAAGACUGAGAUUGUUCAUAAUGUCCCAUAAAGUUGGCGGGUUAGGAUUAAACUUAACAGCAGCCAAUAGGGUUGUGUUACUGGGUGUUAAUUUUAACCCAAGCUAUGAUACCCAAAGUGUAUACAGGGCCUACAGAUUUGGACAGGAAAAAGAAGUGUUUGUUUAUCGCCUUAUAGCUCUUGGUACGAUGGAGGAAAAAAUCUACCUCCGUUCGAUCACGAAACUGGCAAUCGCCGGCCGCGUGAUCGACAGUCGCCAAAUCACGCGGCACUUCAAAUCCAACGAUCUGCAAGAGAUGUACCAGUGCGAUCUGAAGAUCGACGAGGAACGAGUCACGCCGAACGUGCCCGAAGACAAGCUGCUCGCCAAGCUGGUGUCCAAGUACACGUGCAUCCACAAGUACGAAGAUCAUUCGGCCCUUUUGGCGAACAGACCCGAAGAAGAGCUCAACGAAUCGGAGAAGGAGCUCGCGUGGGAGGAGUUCAAUAAAAUUGCCGAAGCUGCACCAGCACCGCAAAUAAAUCCUGUUCCAUCUGCUCUCAAUAUACAAAUGGGUGAUCCUGCAUACCAAGGAGGUGUUAUCGCAAAUACUAUUAACGUGCCCGGUACAUCCAACACCAUAAACCAAACUUUUACCAUCAACAACAUAAACUUUCAACCUUCCACGACUACUCAAAAUAAUUUGAAUGAAACGCCAAAUUCACAUAAAAAUUUAAGCAUCCCAGGAAGACAAAAGCCAAUACCAAAUUCCCUAUUAAAGAAACAUCUUUUAUUUUCAAACACAAACCAACCGCCAUUACCAAAUUCCCUAUUAAAGAAAAAUCUUUUAUUGUCAAACCCAAACCAACCGUCGCGAAGUUCUUUUAAUAACAAUUUCAGUGGUACCAAAAGGCUGAAUAAGAACUUCAAUGCACAUUUGGCUAGAGGUGACCAUAUAAUAAAACAAAUAACGGAAAACUACAGAUCGGUGCAAAAGUCGGUGCCAAAUGCCAAUAAAAAUGCAGGAACUGUUAUAGAUGUUGAUUCGCUUAGAGAACCGAUAAAAAAACCAGUUAUCACUUCUUCUUCAAGUGAAGCAUCUACCAUCAACUUGCAAAAUCCCACGAAUUUAAACUACAACGUUAGAAAACGGAAAAAUAAGAGCAGCAAACAAAACCCCAAUCAUCGCAUUAUAGAAAAAAUCACAAUCGCCGAGUCUUCUUCCGAUGAUGACGUUGUUAUACAAGAAAUGCCAGAUGAGACUGCCGAUUACGUUGAAAGGAUUAAAACCAUGGGUGUUAGCAUAACCAAAGUGCCUAAUGAGAAGAAAGAACCAAGGAUUGAGACCAUCACUAUCAUCUAAUCAUUUUUUUUUAACAAUAUUAUAUUUUAAAUCAACUUUAAGUUUCAUUUAUUACUUAUUUGUGUUAUUUAAAGUUAUUUACCAUUUGUAAAAAUAUAAUGAUAUGUUUUAUAACCAACGUCGGAUUAUAUAUUUUUGAGAUAA